AUGCAUCGGCACAAAGGGGAUCCCCCUGUCCGGACGAGUCUCGCGUGGCUUGACAAGGUGACACCUUUCGCGCUGCGAGCUCCUCGCAUUGACGAGCCUCGCUGGCGGGUGCGGCUGACGUUGAGUGCCGCGAACAGAUCAUCCGGAUCAUUAUGGGAUGUUGACAGAUAUGUCCGCCCACGAAGGUGCCCCGGGAUGAAAGACACCGAAUGGACCUCCAAGGGCAAGCUCAUGGGCGGUCUUGUCAGGGAUUGCAGUAAUCACGGAUGGAUCAGUGGGUACAAGGUCAGGCGGCAACGGCAUCUUCUCUUGGUUGGACAACGGCGUAGCGUGAUAUGGAGUGAUAUGGAGGAGCCUUCGGAUAGGUCCGAGGAGAAUGAGACUAUUAGCUCCUCUGGGGUCGAUCCCAUAUUCGAUUCCGCAUCAGGAGAGGUGGUCGUCGUCGUCGAAUCACUGCUCGUUCAGCCCUGCUCAGUUCUCUUCAUCAUGCUAUGCCGGACUUGCAAGCUCGAUGUUGAUGCCAAUAAUAGCGUGCUGUGUAAGAUGAUUUCUCAGCUUCACAGUGGUCCAAGCUCGCUCACGUCUUUGAGCCGUCUCAUCCCGUCGGCCAAUCCUCUUUUCUUGCAUGCUUCUUACCUCUAA